AUGGGGAUGAAUCAAUUAUUCAGUCCAUCAGCAGGGCUCUCUUCAGGCCUCCUGGGAGGAGGGAUGCUGUGGGAUGUGAGAGCCCUAGUCCUCCUGCUGCAUCUGCUGCUGGUCACCAGAGCCUCUCUUUCUACAGCACGGACUCAAAUACCCAGGAAAGAAAUAUGGGCCAAAGAGGGGGUCCCCGUUCAGCUCCCCUGCACCCUCUCGAGCAACCUCUCGUCGGGGUAUAGCUUUCUUCACAAGGUGACUGUCACCUGGUCGCACCGGCACCAGGACAGGACCCCCGGAGCCAGCUGGUACAGAGUGUUCAGUGUGGGGCCAGCUGGUUUGCGGAGCAUUAGUCCUCCCUUCCAUCCCAGGGUGCACCUGGGGGAGCUCAGCCUCCACCGGGGAGAUUUCUCGCUGUGGCUCCGCCCAGCCUGCCUCACUGAUGCUGGGGAGUACAGAGCUCAGGUCCACUUCGAGACUGGUGAUUUGAGAUGUCACCUCCUCCUCCGAGUUGGCCAGGCUUCUGUGACUGCCAGCCCUCCGGGGCCCCUUGUGACCUCGGGGCUGGUCCUUCUGAAUUGCUCUUUCAACCGUCCUGACCCCCCAAGAGCUGUGGUCUGGUCCCGAGGCGGGAUACCCAUAAUCCCAUCUUCCCGGCAUUUUCCAUUUGAGGGGUUCCUCUUCUUGCCCUACGUCACCCUCUCGGAUGCUGGGCCCUGGGACUGCUGCAUCACCUACCCAGACGGAUUCAACGUCUCCGUUGCCCAUCACCUCCAGGUCCUGGGUCUGGAGCCCCUCGUGCAGAAGACGGUGUAUGUGGGAGAAGGAUCAAAGGUGGAGCUUCCCUGCCAUCUCAGCCCUGGCCCAGGAAUUCUGCCAGGGCUAAUUGCUCAGUGGACCUUACCUCAGGGCAGAGGCAGCGACCUUGUGGCUGGGGAUGACAGAAACAGCUUUGCCCUGAGGCUGGACAAUGUGAGCAGAGCCCAGGCAGGGCUCUAUCACUGCAACCUCAGUUUUCAAGGGCAUCAGCUCAGUGCAGCGAUCACCUUAGCUGUCAUUACAGUGACUGCUAAAUCCUUUGGAUCCUCAAGUUCCCAAAAGGGCCUGCUUUGUGAGGUGACUCCGAUGUUCAGGCAGGAGCAUUUUCUGUGGACCACCUUGGACAACCAGACUCUGGAAAACCCACCAGGGCCCUGGUUAAAGAUAGGAGACAAGGAGCAACAGGUCAACCAGUGGCAGUGCCAAGUGUAUCAAGGAGCACAACAAUGUGGAGCUGUAGUUUAUAACUUGGAGCUUCAGGGAACAGGUGCCCAGCUCUCUGAGAGGACCCCAAAAGCUAUGAAGGGAGGGAAACAGUUUCCUCUUCUUCUCAGCCUUGGCAUUUUACUGCUUCUCCUCUCUGGGGCAGGAGCUGCUGUGUUUCUCCUACGACAAAGAAAGCUGCCUCGGAGAUUUUCUGCCCUAGAAGAUGCAGUUCAAAAGUUCCAGAGACAAAACAUAGCAGAGCAAAUGGAGUCAGAGAGCUACUGCCAGACUUAGAGCCCGGAACAUUGGCAGGAAUGGUUCUGACAUAAAGAUGGAGCAGUCCUUUGAGAAGCAACUCAUUCUUCAGAGUCUUGCCUGCCACAGCAAAUGAACUUCUCUUCCUCAGCAGGAUAGCUUGUGGUUCCUCCAUAGCCUAAGCCUCUAUCUUUUUGCUUCCCUAGAAGACCUCUACCACCCACCCUCCCUGGGCCUUCUUUGCUCCUCCACAGCUUAACUGCACGUCUGUAAUACUUGUGAAGUUUUACAAAGCACUUUCCUCACAGUUCUGGGAGGUGAGCAGUACAAAUAUUAUAUGGUCUCCAUUUUAUAGAAAAGAUGCAGAAAAAAUUAAGUGAUCGACCUUUGGUCUUUCCCUCUCUUCAUUUUUCUGUUUCUGGUCCCUGUCCCCUUUUGUUUAUCCAUCAAAUCUUAUUUUGGCCAUUAUUUCUGAGGCUCUAAACAAAUCUCUAGCUCAAGACCUAAAGCCCUCCUUAGUUUUAAAAACACUUUUGAACCUAUAUUUCCUUUUUUAUUAUUAUGGACUUGGCAAGCAUAAAAAAAAUAAACAUACCUUCAUACAUAGAAUGGAAAGAAGAAAGUUGACUAUAAAACUAUGUAUCUCUAUAAUGGAUGACUUAAAAAAGGUAUAUUAUAAAUUUACUAUCCUGGUACCAACACUUGCCCUGCUUGCCCAUUUAUCAUUCGAAAUAUCUUUCUGAGUAUUUUUAAUUUCAUUGAUGCUCUUUUCUCCCUUUAAAAAAUGUUUAAAUAACUGACUAUGCAUUUUGUCAUAGGACUAUAUAAUUUACAAAAUGUUGGGAUACA